AUAAAAUAUGUCUAACCUCAAUAAACCACCUCUUGUAAUUAUUCAUCCACUUGUAUUAAUAUCAGUAGUAGAUCACUACAAUCGUAUAAUAUCUAAAACACAACAACCAAGAGUAGUAGGUGCAUUAUUAGGUAAUUAAUGUAAUUUGAAUCUUAGGUGAAAGAAAACCUGAUGGUGUAAUUGAUAUCACUAAUAGUUAUGCUUUACCUUUUGAAGAAGAUCCCAAAGAUUAGAAUAUCUGGUAUUUAGAUCAUAUUUAUAAUGAAACACUAUUCGAAUUACAUAGAAAGGUAUAUCUAUUAUUUAAUCUUCUAGAUUAAUAUCAAUGAAAAGAUUGUUGGAUGGUAUUCUACAGGAUCUAGAUUUAAACCUAAUGAUAUUCAAAUCAACUAAAUCUUUUAUAAGUAUACAUCUGCUCCAAUUUUUGUUAUUAUUGAUGUUCAUUAAUUUGAUCUAUUAUCACUCCCAACUGAAGCUUAUACAUCUGUUGAUGAAAUCUCUAAAUCUGGUGAAAUUAUUUAAAACUUUGUUCAUAUACCUUCUACUGUCUAAGCAUUUGAACCUGAAGAAAUUGGUGUUGAAUAACUUUUAAGAGAAAUCAAUAAUGUUGAUACAUAAUCACUUUCUGCUAAAGCUGAAUAAAAAAUUAAUGGUGUUAAAGGAAUGAAUAAAAAAAUUGCUUAAAUUUAACAAUAUUUAACACUUAUUUAAUAAGGCAAAGUCAAACCUAAUUAACUUAUCAUUAAUAAUCUAUAAGUAAUUACUUAUAAUAAAAAAUAGGAAAUUCUUAAUUACUUACCAAAUUUAGGUGCACAAGAUGUUGUUUCAGCAUUCACUACAAAAAAUAAUGAUAAUAUGUUGACUAUUUAUUUAGCAUCAUUAAUGAGGAGUAUUAUUGCCUAUCACAAUUUAAUCAAUAAUUAAGCUUAAUAAGAUAAAAAAGUUAAAUGACAUAUAUAUAUUUCCAUAAAUCAUUCA